AUGCCAAAAGCUGAAAAAGGAACCCCCAAAGCGAUCGCAAAUGCCAUGAAAUCUAAAGGAUUACAAAGAUUAAGAUGGUAUUGUCAAGUUUGUGAAAAACAAUGUCGAGAUGAAAAUGGGUUCAAAUGUCACGCAAUGAGUGAAGGUCAUUUAAGACAAAUGUUGGUAGUAGGAGAAAAUGCAGGAAAAUAUAUAAAUACUUAUAGUGAAGAUUUCAAAAGAGAUUUCUUAGCAUUGAUUUCAAGAAGGUGGGGAACUAAACGAGUUUUAGCGAACAUGGUAUAUCAAGAAUACAUAGCAGACAAAAAUCAUUCACACAUGAAUGCAACUCAAUGGAUCACUUUAACUGAGUUUUGUAAACAAAUGGGUAGAGAAGGAAUUUUAGAAGUUGAUGAAACCGAAAAAGGUUGGUAUAUCUCAUGGAUCGAUUCAUCACCUAAAGCCUUAGCCAAACAAGCAUCACAUCUAGCCAAAGAAAGAUCUGAGAUGGAUGAUGAAGAAAGGAUGAGAAAAUUGAUUUCAGAACAAAUUGAAAAAGCUAAGAAUGAAGAAACUCAAAGAUCAAAUCAAUUUAAAGAUCAUGAUCAAAGUAAGGAAGAAGAAAAGGUU